AACUCCAAAUUCAUCUUCCCCCUUCUCUUUUCAUAAUUAAUAUUAACCAACCUCUGUUUCUCUUUCCUUCAUAUCAUCCAUGGAGUUUUUCAAUAGCGCCAAAGCCGUUCGCCUCCAGAGCCAUCUCGGCAAGUACCUCCAAGCCGCCGACGACCAAGAAUCCGUUCGCCAGACCCGAAACGCCACCACCCCUCACGUCCGAUGGACGGUCGACCUCGUCGACGGAAAACCCCACAUCAUCCGCCUCAAGAGCUGCUUCGGCAAGUACCUCACCGCCUCCGAAGAUCCAUUCAUUCUCGGCACCGCCGGAAAAAAGGUCGUCCAGACUGAUCCGACCUCCGCAGCCGCGUACGACGGCGCCGUAGAGUGGGAACCGAGGAAAGAUGGGUUUUUCAUUAAGUUGAGGACGAGGGCCGGGAUGUUCCUCCGAGCAAACGGCGGGGCGCCGCCGUGGAGAAAUUCCGUCACCCAUGAUAUCCCACGCCGGACGUCGACGCAGGAGUGGGUGCUAUGGAGUGUGGAUGUUGUUGAUAUCAUAACGGUUGAUGAUUCGGCGGCCGGUUGUAUCUUACCGGCGGUGAGUUUUUCUAGCGUUUCAUCGUUAUCGAGUAACGGUGAUUAUGAGUUGGAAACACGGUCGCCGUCAAUGUCAAUCUCCGGUUCCGGCUCCGGCUACUUCACGGGUAGAGAUCAGAGUGCAAUGGAGCUAUUCCAGAAGGCAAAAGUGGUUCGUUUAAGGAGCCACCACGACAAAUACCUUCUAGCUGAGGAAGAUGAAGAAAGUGUAUGCCAAGACCGCAACGGCUCAGUCAGAAACGCCAAAUGGACGGUGGAGUUCGUCGAACAUUCCGACGGCCUUCGCUUCAAGAGCUGCUUCGGCAAAUACCUAACCGCCUCCAACGUCCCAUUUCUUUUGGGCAUGACCGGCAAAAAGGUCCUACAAACACUCCCCCAAAGGCUUGAUUCCUCCGUCGAGUGGGAGCCCGUUCGAGAAGGCUUUCAAGUCAGGCUCAAAACUCGGUACGGCCAAUUCCUAAGGGCCAAUGGUGGCUUGCCACCUUGGCGUAACUCCAUUACUCAUGAUAUUCCUCAUAGAACUACCACCCAGGAUUGGGUUCUUUGGGACGUUGACAUCGUUGAGAUUCGAACUUUUACCUCCAUUGACUCCCGCUCUGAAGAACUUAUUCUUCCACCACCGCCCCCACCAUGGGAGUCCAAAAAGUCCCAUCACUAUUUUGGUCACCACCGUUCGAAGACAGAGUCAUCGCCGUCCCAUGAUCAUCAUCAUCAUCAUCAUCAUCAUCAUUCUAAACAUGAGUCAAGCGACUCACUAGAUCACGAGUCCCCCAUGAAAGCAGAGGGCAGGGUGAUCCAUUACUAUGUUGCAAAUGAGAAAGGGGAUGUGAAGGAUGGACAAGAAGAAGUGAAGUUUACAUUCAAAGGGAGUCAAGUACAAGAAUUGAAGGAGAGAUUGAGAGAGGAGACUGGCCUCCAUGACAUCGUCGUUUGCUCUCGCAACCCUUUCAAUGGGAAACUUUUCCCCCUUCGCCUUCAUCUUCCACCCAACAAUGCCGACUUGCACGUUGUCGUCGUCCCUUCCUCCGAAGGUCAGUUACAAAUCUCUAUCUCCCUCUCUCAUUAACAAUCCCACCAAAUAUGUGUACUACUUUCCAUUGCCUAAACUCUCAAAUUCAUGUUUGUUUGUUUAGUCUAUCUAAAAAUCGAGUAAGAUUAUUCUAAACCUCUAUUGUUUGAAAAGUCACAAUUUGUAUACAAAAAUCUAAAGUUAGCCAAACACUUUAGUUUUACAUCAGUUGAGUUAUUGUCGUUUUUACACUCUUUUGUUGUUACUAGAUUCCGAGACGCCCGAAAGUCCCUAAAGCAAAGAAAUCAAAUGACAAUUAUUUUCUAGGAAGGUUUGAUUCAUUAAUGUGUUAAGCCAUGGAAUUAAAGGUGUUAAGCCAUUGAAUUAAAGAGAUGGAGAGAAGAGAAAAGGAGUGUAGUAAUUUCAUCUCUUUUGUGGAAGCUCAGCUCCAAAAUUGUACGACUGAUAUUACUACCAUAUAUGUUGUUAAUUCCCACCUUAGUCUUUUUCAUUGAAAUUUUUGUGUCAAUUGUAACAUAUAAAAAUGCCCCUUUGUUUGUAUCCGUUUGUAAUUUCUUUUCUUUUUACAAGUAUUCUAUGUAACCUAACUGCUAAUAUGACAAAAAUGGGAAGUCUGUUUACAAA